AACUCUGCAAAUAUAAAAAAAAUAUAAAACUCAAUAUGCCGGUAACUGUAAUUAAAUCUGAAGAAGAGUACAAACAACUGAUUGGUGCCGACAAGACAUCAGUGGUAUUAUUUUCGGCAGAAUGGGCAGAACAAUGCAAACAGGUUUUGGAUGUACUAGAAGAUUUGAGCAAAUUAUUGGGAGAUAAAUUACAAUUUAUAACAAUUACCGCCGAAGAAUAUCCUGAAGUUGCGAUGAAACAUCAGAUUGAGGCAGUACCCACUGUAAUAUUUUUCACCAAAGGUACCGCAGUAGAUCGUGUUGAUGGCGUAGAUAUACCAUCGCUUAGUGCAAAAUGUAAACAAUUGGGUGCAUCCGCUACAAGUGAUCAGCCUCUGGAGGAACGGUUGAAGGCCCUGAUUAAUAAAGCCCCAUUGAUGAUUUUCAUGAAGGGUGAUCGUAAUGCUCCCCGUUGUGGCUUCUCCAAACAACUGAUAGCUAUAAUCAAUGAAACUGGACUUCCCUAUGAAACAUUCGACAUUUUAACCGACGAAGAAGUCCGCCAAGGUCUUAAAACAUAUUCCGAUUGGCCCACCUAUCCUCAAGUAUAUGUCAAAGGUGAACUUGUUGGAGGUCUGGACAUCAUUAAAGAAAUGAAGGCCAACAAUGAACUGGAAUCCACAUUGAAAGGCGAAUAAAU